AUGAAUUCAUCACCUAAAGUAAAUCUUGCACUUGCUACGAAUUGGAUGAGUACAAUUAGUUUAUUUAUUUUAAUACCUGUCGGUUCAUUUGGUUGUCUUUUUAAUAUUAUUAUAUUUACUUCGAAACAAUUGAAAAAAAAUCCAUGUGCUUUUUAUUUUCUAUGCACAAGUCUUUUGGAAUUAUGUAUUUUAUGUUUCGGUGGUAUAUCUCGACUUGCUACGGAACAUUUUGGUAAUACACUUAUAAGUCAAAAUCGAAUGUAUUGCAAAAUUCGUUCAUAUCUUAUGACAGCAAUAGGUACAAUAGCCGUGUAUUUUGUUCUAUUGGCAGCUAUUGAUCGAUGUAUGGCAACAUCAAUUCAUGUUCGAUAUCGAGCAUUUAGUCAAAUUAAAAUUGCUCAUCGUAUUGUUAUAGUUACUAUCAUUAUUGGAAUAGUAAUAAGUAUACAUAGUUUUAUCUUUUUUGAACCUCAAUUGGGAUGUAUACCACAACCAGGUGUUUAUGCAUUAUUUUAUAGUAUUUAUUUAAUAGUUUGUACUAGUAUUUUACCAGAUAGUUUAAUUUUAAUAUUUUCUCUAUUGACAUUUCAAAAUAUAAGACGAGCAAGAUUACGUAAUGCAGCAAAUCAAACUAUCAACGCAUUACAUCAACAACGUAUGCAAAAAACCGAAUCACAACUUGUAAAAAUGAUGUUAACUCUUGCGUUGUUCUCAAUUUUAAUUGAUUUAACAAAAGUAUCGUGUUAUACAUAUUAUUUUAUGACAACAAACAUUCCAAAAAGUUCUUAUCAACAAACUGUUGAUGUAUUUAUAUUUCAAUUUGGUAAUGUUUUUCUGUAUCUUAAUUAUUCAAAAUCAUUUUAUAUUUAUACACUUGCUAGUAAUUUAUUUCGUAAAGUAUUCAGUGAAAUAAUACAAAAUUUUUAUCAUAAAUUACUUCGUCUUUUUUCAAAGAAUAAUAUUCAUCCUAUUACGAUUAUUCAAUAA